AGUCACACUUGAUAACUUCUGAUGAUGCAGAUUUAAAACCCCAAACAUCACAACUGGAAUAUUUAGUAUUAACAUACUGUUGGGAAUAUCUAACAUGCUGUUACUAAUCAAUGUCAUUCUCACCUUCUGGGUUUCCUGUGCUCAGGGAGAAGAAACUACAUGUGAUCCUCCUUAUAUUCCAAAUGGUGUCUACACACCUGAAAGAACUGAACACAGAAUUGAACAGGAAAUCAGAUACAAGUGUAAAAAUGGCUUUUAUUCUGCAACACGAGGAAAUACUGCAAAAUGCACCAGUUCAGGCUGGGUACCUUCUCCAAGAUGUAUCUUGAAGACUUGUGAUUUUCCAGACAUAAGACAUGGAAGUCUAUACAGUGAAGACUAUUAUAAGCCAAACUUUCCAGUGUCUGUAGGACGUUAUUAUUCCUACUACUGUGAUAAAAAUUUUGUGACUCCUUCAGGACAUAGCUGGGAUUAUAUUUAUUGCAGACCAAAAGGAUGGUCACCAGCAGUACCAUGCUUCCGACAAUGUAACUUCAAUUAUUUGGAACAUGGAAACUAUCCAAAUUAUGAAAAAAAAUAUUUACAGGGUCAAUCGGUAAAAGUUGAAUGCUAUUCCGGCUACAGUUUUCCAAAUGAGGAGAGCUUAAUGACAUGUACGGAGAACGGCUGGUCCCCUCCUCCCAGAUGCAUCCAUGUCAAAACAUGUUCAAAAUCAGAUAUAGAAAUUGAGAAUGGAUUUUUUUCUGAAUCUAAUUUUCAAUAUCCCUUAAAUAAACAAACGCAAUACAAGUGUAAACCAGGAUAUGUAACAGCAGAUGGUAGAACAUCAGGAUCAAUUACAUGUCUGGAGAGUGGAUGGUCAGCUCAACCCACAUGCGUUAAAUCUUGUGAUAUGCCACUAUUUGAGAAUGCCAGAGCCAAAAGUGAUGGCAUGUGGUUUAAGCUCAAUGACACAUUGGACUACGUGUGCCACAAUGGAUAUGAAAGCAGAGAUGGACACACAACAGGUUCCUUAGUUUGUGGUUACGAUGGUUGGUCUGAUACAGCCACAUGUUAUGAAAGAGAAUGCAGUAUUCCUCAAAUAGAAAGAUACUUAAAUGUCGAGCCCAAGAAAGACAUAUACAAAGUUGGAGAUGUGUUGAAAUUCUCCUGCAGACAAAGACUUAGAAGAGUUGGAGCAGACUCAGUUCAGUGCUACCACUUUGGAUGGUCCCCUGGUUUUCCAACAUGUAAAUGGAAAGUACAAUCGUGUCAUCCACCUCCUCAACUUCCUAAUGGGAAAGUUAAAGGAACACAGAAAGAGGAAUAUGGACACAAUGAAGUGGUGGAAUAUGUUUGUAAUCCUAGGUUUCUAUUGAAGGGUCCUAACAAAAUUCAGUGUGUUGAUGGAGAAUGGCCAACUUUGCCUAUAUGUGUUGAGGACAAGAGUACAUGUGGACAUAUACCUGACCUUGAUCAUGGCUAUGUCCUGUUUUCUACUCCUCCCUAUCGCCAUGGAGAUUCAGUGGAGUUCAACUGCAGAGAAGCAUUUAUAAUGAUUGGACACAGAUCAAUUACGUGUAUUCGUGGAAAGUGGACCCAACUUCCUCAGUGCGUUGCAAGAGAUGAACUUGAGACGUGCAAAACAUCAAGCCUAAUUGCACGUGAGGCAAAACUAUCACAAAGGACUGAAUUUUAUCAUAACACCAAUGUGAGUUACAAAUGUAAAGGAAAAUACAAACACUCGGUCUGCAUAAAUGGAAGAUGGGAUCCUGAAGUAACUUGUAGAGAAGUACGCAUACAAUCGUGCCCACCUCCACCUCAGAUUCCCAAUGCUCAAGAUAUGACAAGUACAGUGAAUUAUCGAGAUGGAGAAAAAAUAUCUGUUCUCUGUCAAGAAAAAUAUCUAAUUCGGGGAACAGAAGAAAUUGUGUGCAAAGACGGAAGAUGGCAGUCAAUACCACGCUGCAUGGAAAAAAUUCCAUGUUCUCAACCACCUCAUAUAGAACAUGGAACCAUUAAAUCAUCUGUCUCUUCAGAAGGAAGGAAACAGAGAUUUGAACCCAAGCUUUAUGUACAUAACACCAGAUUAAGUUACAUUUGUGAAGAUGGUUUCAGAUUAUCUGGAGGAAAUGGGAUAACAUGCCACAUGGGAAAAUGGAGUUCUCCACCUCAGUGUGUAGGAAUUCCUUGUGAACCACCACCUUUGAUUCCGCACGGUGUUCUAUCUCAUGAGUUAGACAGUUACCAAUAUGGAGAAGAAGUGAUGUACAGCUGUACUGAAGGUUUUGUGAUUGAUGGACCUGCAUCUAUAAAAUGUUUAGGAGGAAAAUGGCCCCGUCCACCAGAAUGCAUAAAAACAGAUUGUUUUAGCUUACCCAGCUUUGAUGAUGCCAUACUCAUAGGCCAGAAGAAGGAAUCAUAUAGGUCAGGAGAACAAGUGUCUUAUAAAUGUCCAAAAUAUUACCAAUUGGAUGGAUCCAGUAUUGUCCAGUGUAUUAAUGGCCAAUGGAUAGGAAGGCCAACAUGCAGAGAUGUUUCCUGUAAGAAACCACCCAAAGUGGAAAAUGCUGUUAUACCAAAUGAGAUGUCUAGGUAUCCAUCUGGGGAGAGAGUACAUUAUGAAUGCAUCAAACCUUUUGAUCUGUUUGGGGAAACAGAAGUGAUAUGUUUGAAUGGAACCUGGACAGAUCCACCUCAGUGCAAAGUGUCUAAAAGAAAAUGUGGUUCCCCUCCACCGAUUGACAAUGGAGACAUUACCACAUUCCCAUUACCAGCAUAUUCUCCAGGAUCAACAGUUGAGUACCAAUGCCAGUCCCUCUAUGUACUUCAGGGAAACAGGAUUAUGACAUGCAGGAAUGGAGAGUGGUCAAAACCACCAAAAUGCUUAGAUGCAUGUGUAAUAUCAGAAGAAAUCAUGGAAGAACAUAAAAUACAAUUACGAUGGAAAUAUCAGAAAAAAAUUUAUUCUAAAACAGGGGAGACUACUGAAUUUAUGUGUAUACCUGGAUAUCAUAAAAAGACAGUGCCCGAAACAUUUCGAGCAACCUGUCGAGAAGGGAAACUGUUGUAUCCCACCUGUGGAUAGAAUCAUGGUUAAACCGCAGUCAUAGAAUUCACAUAUAUACAUUUAUUCGAAAUUUGUUGUUAUUAAUCCUCUUCUUCUUAGUUUAUUUCUUGAAGUAUUGUUUAACUCAUUUUUACUCAUACAUCAGAAUUUGUGUUAAAUAUUGUGUAGACAAUGUUAGACACCAAUGAAUCACUUCUAAAAGGACCUCAUUAAAACUUGGCUAA